UCCUCCUUCAGCAGCCACUAGGGGCAGGCGUAACAUUAGGAUGUUAAAGCCAACCGAGGGCGGUACACUUGGGAUACUAGGAAAGGCACAAAUCUGUCCAACACUCGGGUGGGAUGACAGGACAGCAAAACCAAGCAACAGCUAGCUGAGGAUAAAACAUACAAGUCCGUUAACCGAGUGGUUUAAUAAGUAAGUAGUUAACUGUGUAAAAUGAGAUAAUAAGGUAGCGGUGGUUCGGUGAAGGUGGGGUCAAUAUAGAAAUAGUUUGGGAUUGUGUUGUCACAAGCAGUUAAGGCUAACUUUUUGUACGUUAGCUGGCUAAUGGUAAAACUGGGGGGAAAAUAAUCAAGUAAACCUAGGGCAUAACCUGUUUAAUGUGGCCUGACAGCUGUAGCGUACCGUUAGAAAAUAUUCACGGGGAGAAGCACAGCUGGAAAGUUUAACUCGCGCCGAGAAAUCAUGGCGUCGGUGCAGUUUGACUCGACAACCUACGCGGAGGAGCAGAUUUGACUCCUGGGGUUUGUCCACAAGCUCGCUGACGUUAGCUGCCCCGGCUAGGAAGCUAGCUUUCUCGCUACCAUGGCCAAAAUAGAAAACGGCCGUCGACCGGUGGACACGGAGAGCAUCAGGACACUUAGCAGCAGUCACAUUGACGAUGAAAGCUCAUUGGGAUCCGAUUCGGAGAUCAACGGCUUCACCAGCGAAAGGCAGACCGACAAAUAUGGAUUCAUUGGUGGGGCGCAGAAGUACUCGGAGGAUUCAGCUCAGGAUGUGCCUCCAGCAGUGCUCAGGCAAAGGGAGGUGAAGUGGCUGGACAUGCUCAGUCACUGGGACAAGUGGAUGAUCAAGAGAUUCAAUAAGGUGAGGCUGCGGUGCCAGAAAGGAAUCCCUCCUGCCCUCAGAGGCCGUGCAUGGCUCUACCUGUCUGGGGGGAAGGUGAAGAAAGAGCAGAACCAAGGAAAGUUUCAGGAGCUGGAUAGCCAGCCGGGGGACCCCAAGUGGCUUGAUGUGAUUGAAAAAGACCUCCAUCGACAGUUUCCAUUUCAUGAGAUGUUUGUGUCACGGGGAGGACACGGGCAGCAGGACCUGUUCCGUGUUCUUAAAGCUUAUACUCUCUACAGACCAGAGGAGGGAUACUGCCAGGCCCAGGCUCCUAUUGCUGCUGUGCUGCUUAUGCACAUGCCUGCUGAGGAUGCUUUCUGGGGGCUGGUGCAGAUCUGUGAGAAGUAUCUUCCUGGUUACUAUAGUCCUGGCCUGGAAGCUAUACAGUUAGAUGGAGAGAUACUGUUCGCCCUGCUGCGGCGCGUCUCCCCUCUAGCCUUCCGGCAUCUGGAGAAACAUAAGAUCGACCCCAUCCUCUACAUGACUGAAUGGUUUAUGUGUGCCUUCUCCAGAACCCUGCCCUGGGCAUCAGUGCUGCGCGUCUGGGACAUGUUCCUCUGUGAUGGAGUGAAGAUCAUCUUUCGUGUGGGCUUGGUGCUGCUUAAGUGCAUGUUGGGAACCCGUGAGAAGUUGAAGGCCUGCCAAGGCCAGUAUGAGACCAUGGAACUUCUCAGGGCCAUAGAGCCUCGAUACAUGCAGGAGGGGUUCCUCGUUCGAGAGAUUCUUGAGGUGCCGGUGACGGCGCGAGACGUGGAACGAGAGCAUCACAUCCAGCUCAAGCGCUGGAAGAAGAACCGCGGAGAGCUAAAUUUCAAACCGCCUCCGAGAAUGCACGGCGCUCGGAUCAUCAUGUUGGCUGAGCCACCCAGGCGCCAGGACCUGCAGCAGAACCCCACUAUUGUACUUGAAGUGCCUCAGUCUACCCCACAGCUGAAGAAGGGCAAGGAGGAGAAGAAGAGUAAGAAAAAGAAGAGCAUCAAGAAAUCCCAGCCCAUACAGGAGAUCCCUAAUCCUUACCCUCUUCCCAGUGACCCUCCACCUUCAUCCUCAGAACAGCCCACCCCUCCUCCAAUCAACAGCGUGAUGCCAGAUACUGUGCCACAGACUGAAACGGACUCAGCUGAGCAGCAGAAAUCACCUCCUACAGGCCUUCCCCCUGCCAAAGAAUCUGCUCUUCAGCGAUCAACGCAAAGCCUUGACAGCACAGAGCAGGAUACGUACUUGUAGCUCUGCAACAGUGUGUGUGUCUGUAUGUGUGUGUGUGUGUGUGCGUGUGCAUGCCCUGCUAGUGCAAAAAUCAUCCUUUUUUCCAGAGUCAGUUGAACUGCUCUCUGUGUAUAAGCUGCUCUUCUCUUGGUGCGAGGCACUUCCAGCCACUUUAGAUAAGCAGUCAUUCCCGGGCAGCAGAGUGGAGAACACUGGACUUUCCUCACUGUAUGACACAUUCCUGCCUUCUUAAAAACCAAUCACUUUAUUGACCACCUCUCUCCAAGUGCAAAUCAGCUGCCUGCUUGUGUUUGUGCACAUGCUGUCAAAAGCAAAUCACCUAAUGGUGCUGGCCUUUGUUUUGGCUCUACUUGAGGUCCAGUUGGAGCCAGUACGGUGUUGGAUCCAUUUCUUUUUUUGUGUGUGUGUCAUAGUUUGCUAGAACUUCCAAAGGAAAUUAAGACUGUUACUCUGAGACGAUCUACGACCCUUGCACGUGACCAAGCUUGUUUUCUGUACAGUCACGAGGGGUCAUGGGAUUUUGAGAUUUACUGGGAUUUUUGUAGCUUUUUUGGGGGGAGGUGGCAGGCGUGAAUUGCAAAGCUUUUGUGUUUUACAAAACAUCAGUCUUAUUUUACAGUCCUAGUCUUUCUGAACUAUCAACACAAUGAUAAAGGGAGUCUUGACAAACACAAGUGCACGCAUGUUAAAUGUGUUUGUGUAUAACUAUUAUUAAGUCUUUGCUAAAAAAAACGCGUGUUUGGCUCAGUUAUAAAAAGCAGCAGUCACUCUCCCCUUAUGCAAUACUUUAGUUGCUUGUACUGCAAAUCUUCACAUUUCAUUUGUAUUUUAAUUUAAUGCUCUUUGUGUACAUAUGACAAAGAAUUAUGUAAUGAAAUUUAUUUUCAGUGUAAACUGCUAUAUUUUAUCAUGCGGUUACAGAAACUUCAGCGGUAGCUGUAUAUGUCAUUUACAGUCGAAGACAGUAUAUUUUUGAGCAGCAUUUGUAACACUAGGAAAACAAAAAAAAAAUUUCAGGGGAACUUUUGCCACUAAAAUGCCUUUUUCACUAAAAACAUGUUACCGUUUUUACUUGGAUUUAUUAAAAAAAAAGAGAGAUGAUUAACAGCAGUGGCAUGAGGUUUAAUCUUACAGAUAAACUAUUGUUUGAAGCCAGCUUUAAAAAGAUGUGUUGCAUAUGUGAUUGCCAUCAGCAUGGAUUGUUUUGGCCUGCUGAUCUUUAGACCUGAUUGUAUGUAAUGCCUGAUUUUCACCAGCAGAUGGCAGAGCAGAGUCAUCCCUUUUGAAAUGAGAAGUUUGUCUCCAUGAGUGUCGAACUGAAUGCCCUGCAGGUUCCAAGAUGGAUGUCUUCAUUAAUUCCUCUUUUUAAAAAAAAUAAAAAAAAUGCUGCACCAACAUAUGGUCAACUGUUAGAUUAAAGACAAUUGUGCAUUACAUUCUUCAAAAAUGCCACAGAGUGAUGUGACAGCUCUACUUAUGAAUAAAUUUGUUUUACAGCCAA